ACAGAAGACUGGACACAAUUCCGAAGAGCCGCCCAGAAGGAGAGAACAAUGUCAUCACUACCCGUACCAUACACACUGCCUGUUUCCUUGCCUGUUGGUUCGUGCGUGAUAAUCACAGGGACACCGAUCCUCACUUUUGUCAAGGACCCACAGCUGGAGGUGAAUUUCUACACUGGGAUGGAUGAGGACUCAGAUAUUGCUUUCCAAUUCCGACUGCACUUUGGUCAUCCUGCAAUCAUGAACAGUCGUGUGUUUGGCAUAUGGAGAUAUGAGGAGAAAUGCUACUAUUUACCCUUUGAAGAUGGCAAACCAUUUGAGCUGUGCAUCCAUGUGCGUCACAAAGAAUACAAGGUAAUGGUAAAUGGCCAACGCAUUUACAACUUUGCCCAUCGAUUCCCGCCAGCAUCUGUGAAGAUGCUGCAAGUCUUGAGAGAUAUCUCCCUGACCAGAGUGCUUAUCAGUGAUUGAGGGAGAUGAUCAGACUCCUCAUUGUUGAGGAAUCCCUCUUUCUACCUGACCAUGGGAUUCCCAGAGCCUGCUAACAGAAUAAUCCCUCCUCACCCCUUCCCCUACACUUGAUCAUUAAAACAGCACCAAAC